CAAAAACUCAAUUACAAUUUUCACAGGUAUUUGGCUCUUUAUCACUUCUAUCUAUCACAACAGAAGAACAUGGCUUCACAAUGAAGGAAUCCGAAGCUGUAUCCCCUCACUUGUACUCUCAUACAGUCAAACCAUUGCUUGAUGAACCAAAGAUAAUAUCAACAAUUAAAACCGAGUAUAAUGAACUACACCAUGUCACCUGUUUUCUUGAUGAUCAACUUUAUACAGGAGGGAAUGGAACAAGCAUGAGACUGUACAACCUCAAAGGCAAACUUCUGAAAUCAAUCCAAACAAAAUCUGGGAAUAAACCUUGCGACAUAGCACUAAUGAAGAACGGACAUCUAGUUUAUACAGAUCCUUUGGCUAGAACGAUUAACAUAGUCAAGACUAAAAAGAUACAAGAAAUGAUCCGAUUACAAGGAUGGGAACCUUACUAUGUCUGCAGUACCUCCUCUGGUGACCUUUUGGUCACCAUGCUUAGUAUAGAUACAGAGCAAUCAAAAGUUGUCCGUUAUUCUGAUUUCUCAGAAAAACAAAGUAUUCACUCUGAUGACAAAGGCAGACCGCUGUACUCAUAUACUGACAUUAAAUACAUAUGUGAGAACAGGAACCUAGACAUUUGCGUGUCUGACUUUAGGGCUCAAGCUGUAGUGGUCGUCAACCAGGAGGGGAAAUUCCGAUUUAGGUACACUUGUCCUCCCUCAACUAACAAAGAAACAUUCAAUCCAACAGGUAUCACUACAAACAGUCAAUCUCAGAUCUUGAUAGCAGACAGUAACAACAAUUGUAUCCACAUCGUAGACAAGGAUGGUCAGUUCCUCCGUCAUAUUGAUAACUGUGAUCUAAUCCUUCCCUGGGGUUUAUGUGUGGACACGAAUGACGAACUUUUUGUGGCUGAAUUAAGAGGAUGUGUGAAGAAAAUUAAAUAUAUAUAGUAAGAAAUGCAUUGAAUCAAUCAUGUUAAAGAAUAAAUUCAUAAGCUAAGUAGAAACGGAAACAACAUCCUGCCGAUUAUUAAGCACCAGGAAAAGCCAGCGGUGUUUUAUGGCUGGAGAAUAUAUCUGCAGAAUUUUUUUCAAACUUAGAAAAGGUUUAACUAGAUACCAUCAUUUCCAAUUUCAUGCUGACUACCCUGGAUGGAUUGGGGUGAAGAAGAGAAAUUCACGUAAUCCUAUUCCUGUGAAUCUGCUGAAAAGAAAUUUACAAUUCUCAGAGGAGCAGCGCCCUGAGGUUAUCACAGAGAGGGGACUUGAUAUUAUAGACAGUGGUUUUUGUAUGAAGGUAUCAGAGAAUUCUGCUCUUUGGGUGCUGCAAAAGAUGCCUUUUGUCAAUGCCUGUGCAACUGUGUGAUUUUCAAAUAUCAUUGCCUUAUUUACCAUAUACCACUCAGUGAACUAAUAGUGAUACAAAAUCAGUUCUUAAAUUUGUUCUUACAUCGUUGUCCAAAUUGUGUUAAUAGUACAUUCUUAAUACAUAUAUAACAUACAUUGUUUGUUAUUUGUUUUGUAUAUUUAUUAUUCUCUCUGAUUAUACACUUGUUAAUUUCUCUUGAAAAUAUUAAGUAUUCAGGUUCAGAU